ACAGCAGGAGCCAGUCCAUAAAAAUCCUCCCAAAAUCUCUGAACAUUUAAAUGGAGUUACUUUUGGAUACAUCUAUUGAUACAAAUGCUUCUUUUUCCUUCUGGAAAGUAAAACGUUUAUUUUCACACUGCUGAACCUGCGUUCCUGUACUCAGCUGAACAGGUGCGCAACACGUUCGGGCUUGGAUAAAUGAUGGAUAUGAAAAACACUGGAUAUGUGCAACUCUAUGCAACUUGAUUUAAACUAGAUUUUUUACUCAAGGACAUCCCAUCGUAUAGCACGUGCCAAGAUCAUGAUACCAAAAGUGAAAACCGAAAAAUCAUGAACAAUUUUAAAUUAUACAGAUGCUCCAACGUGGAACACAGUGGGAAAAUAAAUGCCUAAAAUAGGUUACAAUGUAUGUAUUGAAAGUAAGAGCAUCAUUGGAUGUCAUGGAGCGUUUUGUGAAUCGUCGGUGGUUUCUAAGGAUGUCUCUUCUCGGUAUUAUUCUAUGUGAGUCAAUUUCUUGUUGUGAAAAGACUUACUCACACGCUGAAGAUGAACUCUUCAAAAAGCUCUUUGAAAGCUACAAUAAGUGGUCAAGACCUGUCCCGAAAACCUCUGAUGUUGUCAUUGUCAAGUUUGGCUUAUCGAUCGCCCAACUGAUUGAUGUGGACGAGAAGAAUCAGAUGAUGACAACAAACGUCUGGCUGAAGCAGGAGUGGAAUGACUAUAAACUACGAUGGAAACCUUCAGACUAUGACAAUGUGACUUCUAUCAGAGUUCCGUCAGAACUUAUCUGGGUCCCGGAUAUAGUUUUAUACAACAAUGCAGAUGGCGAGUUUGCCGUGACCCACAUGACCAAAGCCCACCUCUUCUACACAGGUAAAGUGCGCUGGGUUCCACCUGCCAUCUACAAGAGCUCAUGCAGCAUUGAUGUCACCUUCUUCCCCUUUGACCAGCAGAACUGCAAAAUGAAGUUUGGCUCAUGGACUUACGACAAAGCCAAGAUCGACCUGGAGCGCAUCGAGAACACAGUUGACUUAAAAGAUUACUGGGAGAGUGGCGAGUGGGCCAUCAUCAAUGCUGUUGGAACCUACAACACCAAGAAAUACGACUGCUGCCAUGAGAUCUACCCCGACAUCACCUACUUCUUCAUCAUUCGUCGCCUUCCUCUCUUCUACACCAUCAAUCUCAUAAUACCCUGUCUGCUCAUCUCCUGUCUGACCGUUCUGGUUUUCUACCUGCCAUCAGACUGUGGGGAGAAGAUCACGCUGUGUAUCUCCGUUCUCCUUUCCCUCACUGUCUUCCUGCUCCUUAUAACCGAAAUAAUUCCCUCCACCUCACUGGUUAUCCCUCUCAUUGGAGAAUAUCUGCUCUUCACUAUGAUUUUCGUCACCUUGUCAAUAGUCAUCACUGUUUUUGUACUGAACGUGCAUCAUAGAUCGCCCAGCACUCAUAAGAUGCCCCGGUGGGUGCAUUCGGUCUUCCUGGAUUUGAUCCCGCGAUGGUUGUUUAUGCGCAGACCUGCACCUGACAGUCGACGCAGACAGAAACUCCUCCUCUUGCAGCAGCAGGGGCAGGGGCAGGGCAUGGCAUCAAGGGUGCUCGGACCGGCAGCCGUUCCUCUCAGCACAUCUUCUAGCUGGUUCAGAAGGGAGAACUCUGGGGAGGAGGAGUCUCGCAGACGCUUCUGUUAUAAGGAUUUAGAACUGGGGACACUUUCCUCGGCAAUCUCUUUCUCAUUACACCCGCCUUCACCCUGCCCGCUCAGCUCAGCUCCACCUACUCUACAGAAAUACGGCCCCUCCCCUAGAAUGGAGGUGGGAGGGGCUUCCAGGCAGCCUGGCAGUAGAGCUAAUGUCACGAAGCGGCCUGACAACAUGACAACGAACAACGCAGGGUUUCCUCUCUCCCCUAGUGUCCUUCAAGCACUGGAGGGGGUUCACUACAUAGCAGACCACCUAAGAGCAGAAGAUGCUGACUUCAGUGUAAAGGAAGAUUGGAAGUAUGUUGCUAUGGUAAUAGACAGAAUCUUUCUAUGGAUGUUCAUCAUAGUAUGUUUAUUGGGCACAAUCGGUCUCUUUCUCCCACCCUGGCUCGCAGGCAUGAUCUAGGAUACAUGACACCCACAGGGGGACACGGUGCCUGUCCAAGCAGUGAGCUAACAUCACUCAGUAAGUGGCGAGCAUCCCCCAGCAUGGCAUAAGAUGCAUGUUUGACUUCAGGAAUGUGACAGCAAGGCCUGAUAUUUUUCUUAGGAGAUAUUUUUAGAGGAGAGCAACUUCCAUCUCGCCUCUGAAGAAGGAGCUUGUCAAAGAAAAUGCUUGUAUUUGAAUGUAUAACCUUUGAACUGUUUGCCAAAAUUAAAAGUGCCAGCUGGAAAAGACCUUGACUGAAAAGAUCACAUCGCUAUUUUCCAUUUCUCUUUGAUAUUCUACACAUAAUGCGCUGACUACAUAAAGUCAGUUUGAUGUGUGUCUGUGUGUGUGUGUACACACCGGUAAACCGUCCAUAUAAUAUUUUAUUUUGAAUGUAAUAAUGUCUACAGGUUUGUGUGAGGUUAGGUUUUGGGGUGAUAUAAAAUGUUGCUACCCUGGUAUGAACAGAAGUCUAUGAGAUGUCUGUGUGUGUACAGUACAUGUGUGGUGAAAUCUGUCCAGAUAUCGCAUAAAACUUGGCUAGUUUGUCUAAUUCCUAUCAAUUGUGAAAUGAUGAAUUUAAUAUUCCAGGAUUUUAACACAGAACCUUUGACAUUCAUUUUGAAAGAUCAUUCGCUCCUUUUAAAAAUGAAUAAGCCUAUUAUAGCUACUUAUUCUGCAUGAUUAUCUGGUUAGUUUAACUUUACUAUUUGCUAUUAUUUAAUAUUUUUAUUCCACAAUCCAAUCAGAACAUGCAACACCAGUUGAGGGUUUUAAGCCUCUUCAAU